AUGGUUUGGCGCGAGACGUAUCUCACAGGUGACAUUUACAGAAGUUUGAUAGCUUUAAUAUGUAUUCUAUCAAUACUGCUUAUCCCAACCGUCUCUUUAAACGGGUUAGUCAUCUUGGCGGUGGCCACAAAGAGACAACUGCGAACCAACUCAAACAAACUCUUAGCUUGUUUGGCGGGGACAGAUUUGCUGGCCGGAUUGGUUGUUAUACCCAUUGCCAUAGCGGUCAACGUGAAGCGAGCCUUUGAGAUCGGUCCAUUUUGUGAGUUAGAAAAGGCUCACGUUGUAGUUUUCUGGGUACAAAGCAUUGCCACGCUGACUUUUCUAUUUUUGAUAAGCGGGGACCGAUAUAUUGCUGUAAAGUUCUCCUUAAGGUACCGAGAGAUUGUCACAGGACAGAGGAUCAAAAAGGCUGUGGUUGUUGCGUGGGUCAUCACAGUUUUGGAACGAUUCAGGAAAUUGUGAUUGCCACCAGAGAAAGUACAACGAACAUAUAUGCGUUAUAUUGGACGGUGAAUAUCGUUGUGACUGCUUUAUUCGUGUUACUUUGUAUCAUUGGCAUAACGUUCAUGUAUCUGUCCAUCUUCCUUGAAACACAGCGACAGAAAAAACGCCUACAGGCAGGACAGCUGUCACCUCAAGAAGCUAAAGAGUUGAAGAAAGAUGUAAAUAACAAGGCAACCGUUACACUAUCCUUAAUUCUAGGAACUUUAGUACUGACCAACUUGCCUUUGAUAACUGUCGCCUCAAUUCAGGCUUUCACAAAUUUUUUUGAGUCGGGUACGAAAAUGGCGUUGAUAAGCUGGACUGAUUGUGCUGCGGUCUUCAACUCACUUUUUAACCCCAUAAUUUACUGUUGGCGUAAUCAAAAUCUAAGAAAGGCUCUACUUGAAGUCAUUCACCGAGAAAAACGAGAAAAUACCCCUUCAGUAUCAAAAAUUCAGCCCUCUAUUUCUAAGACCUUUAAAGAAUCAGCGCCAAAGCAGGAAGCAGUUUUGUUGUCAUGCAGCCAUUUUAAAGCUGAAGAAAUCGUUCGCAUAGGGGAAACAGAUGAUCAUGUCUUGUAAAUAACGUGAUAUCAAUAACUGUCGGUCCAGGCCAUAGACAGUUUUGUCUAUACCAUUUCCAGUGAUAGGAUUAAUCUAGACACAAGCAAAACAAACUGAUGUGGCAGAGCAUGGGACAAUAAGUUUUCUUGCUAGCUUUCUCGUGGCGGCUAGAACAGAAUUUCAAAAUUUUUAAGAGGACAUAUUUACUUGGAUCUCAUUAAUGGUUAGUGGGCUGGACUCCGGAUCGGGAGAUCUGGUUUUAAAACCUGGCCAGGUACUUACGUUAUGUUCUUGGGCAAUAAGCUUUUCUUUUACAGUUCCUCUCUCAAUCCUGGGGUAUAAUAAAUGGGGUACCAGAAAAUUUUCAGGGAAACCUGAUGAAAAGGCGCUAUUCACAUACCGUAUUUAUUGAAUUUUUCGUGAUUCGAGUGCGGCGUUUGUUCGAGGGCAGCGUUUAUUCGAAGGCGGCGCUCAUUUAAAAUCUAAUUUAUUUCUUGCAAACAAUACUAUGGUAACUGAUUAUUUUAAUUUUCAAAAGCAGAAACAUGUUUUAGUGCUUGUCGAAUCACGAUCCGGUGUUUAUUUGAGGGCGGCGUUUGAUCGAAUAAAUCUGGUACGCAUGUAAACUUUCUGGACGGUUUGACUCAUGAUUGAUUCUGCGACUAAUUUUUGGUGGGAAAACUUCUAACUCUGGGUAUAAAGAGCACAAUGAAAAAACACAGGGCUACUUCUACACAAAGCCAGUAUUUCAGUGGCCGGAAACUUUACAGGGCGUAUCUUAAAACAAUGUAAAAAGCUUUUCGAUAAUACGAGUUCAUUUUUUGGUUGGAAUUUAUCCAUUCCGUUUUGUUUUAAACAUCACAACCAGUUCUUGUCUUAAAAGCAACCAUCUUCCUUCUCUUUCUAUCAGAUGUUUCCUUCAGUGUUACAACGUUAACUCCACGCAGUCAGCAUCUGAUGAACUAGCCUUAAAGUGGACUUCUUGGAAAACAUAGGAUUAUAUAUGUUUGUUAUUCAUCAAAUAUUUUCGCUCGCUGGUGACUGUUUUAAAUGUGUUGCGCGUCUCAAUAUACCAUAGCUUAAGCUAGAUAAUAUUUACGCGUGCACAAAGGGUUUGAAGGAUUUUUGGCGUAAACAAACCCAUUGCCGUCUCUGAAUGAAAUUUACUUUUAAGCUCUAUGUGGAUAGAAGCAACCAAACCUUCAUUCUAAAAUGGCCACUGCUCCUAAGGAGUUACUUCUAGGAACUUUAGUGCUGACCUACUUGCCUGCGAUAACCAUUGCCUCAAUUCAGGCUUUCACAAAUUUUUUUCGAGUCGGGUAUGAAAAUGGUGUUGAUAAGUUUGACUGUUUGUGCUGCGGUCUUAAAUUCGCUUUCUAACCCCGUAAUUUACUUUUGGCGUAAUCAAAAUCCAAGAAAGGUUCUUCUUGAAAUCAUUCACCGAGCAAAACAAGAAAAUACCUCUCCAGUAUCAAAAAUCCAGCCCUUUAUUUCUAAGACCUUUAAAGAAUCAGCGACAAAUCAGGAAACAGUUUUGUUGUUAUUCAGCCUCUUAAGUGCCGCUCCCGCUAAGAGCGGUCCUCUCGACUUCCCCGUCGGAAAAAAAGUUUUUUUUUUUUUUGCCCAUGAAAAGGGUUUAGGGCACAUGUUUCAAAAAAAUAGUUUAGUUGUUCUCCAAUUCUCUUUUUCUGCGUCGCCACAAGCCAAAAAUCAUUUUUGGCUAGACCGACCGUGUGGACAGCGACCAAAAAUGUAAAUUUCACAGAUAUUGUCCAGCGCGCAGCGACUGCAAUAAUAUAGCUCACGUGAUUCUAUCUUGCUACAAGUUACAAGGUGUAUACAGUUAGUUCACAGACAAAAUAUGGAAACUUCAGCUGAAAAAAUUUUUCAUACCAGCGUGAUCAGAGGAGACCCUGCUCUUCGACCUUAAUUUGCAUAUCAAAAAUUCACUACUUUGUACGAAAGAAUUCUCAAAAUGCAGGCGUUAAUCGGGCCGAAAAAGCAUAUCAGUGCAUAGUUUAUACACCAAUGAGGUCACGGAUUGCCUUAAACCCGUGGGUAUAUCUCUAACUUCCAUCCACCAACUUCUUAAAAACAACGCAAAUCCAUGUGUUUGCUCAAUUGCGCUCGUGUCAAAGAUCAUUCGCAUGAUUCUUGGAAUUGACCAAGAUCUCCUUUUGACAGUUCAAACUUCGUUCGUUUAUCUUCUACGUUAAGGAUUUUAGGUUUUCACAGCAAGUGAAUGGAGAUUAGAUGCCGAGUUGUCCUAAAACGUUGCGUAAACGUGAUCGGUAGUAACGCUUGCGCGCCUGCGUGACUUACAAAGUAGACAAAGGUGAUCGGAAGGCGCCUUCGCGAUAAUUUACGUUGAAAUAUCAGGUCAUGAAUUAUGCACAGUGUGGAGAAAAUCAAAAUUAAAGAAUAAAAUUUGGCACUCUGGUCAUAACAGACAUAUCGCGUUGCUUGAAAGGACACAAAAACAAGUUAAAAUAGGUUGCAGUGUUUAUAUUUACAAAACAACACGCAUACACUCUGAAAUAAUUCUUGCAGUUUCUCCCGAGAUUUAGUAUACGGAACCCGAUGAACUAACCCUCCUUUCUGCAGAUUUGUUUCCAUCACUAAUGAUGUUACGCUCUUAUGGACCACAACGGUUUUGAGCGACAAACUCGACAUUUCCCUGCGACCAUCAAAAUCAACUGGACAAACCCAGCUUGAUAUAUUGCGUGACGUGAUUGUGCAAAUUUUUCCCCUUGCCAUAUGGCCUGUUUCGCGGGUUCUACAAAUUGAAACCAAAAUUAGUUAGUGUAACAAAUUCGAAUCGAAAGUUAUUAAAAUGUACUGAAGAAUUUUACAUUUUAAUGAGAAUUUUAUCGUUUAAAUGUGUACUUGAUUCACGGAAAGCAAAGAUUUUGCAAUAUAUAUUAAAGAUUGGCACUUCUACCAUAUAUAGUGACAUCAUUCGUCUUCACUUUGAUUCAUUCAAUUUUCCCCGGGAGUGAAUGUGAACACACCAAUAGAUUACUCAUCUCGGUACAGUUUCAGUCAUUUUUGUUAUCGAGUAAAACAGGGAAAACGUUUAUCCGAAUUUCUCCAAAUCGUAUGCAUAUCAUCCAGAUUCCGAGUGCUGCACCUUCUUUCAUGGGAAUUUGAGCGAUCCGAAGUCCUCUGAAGAUAUACUGUUAUACUUGUAUGUCAUUUGGAACAUGUUGAAGUCGGCUGAUCUACACGAAACUAUCCUCACACCGGUUAUUUGAAAAACAUAAGCAUGUACGUUGUCACGAUGGCGUGACGCUGUAUUUCUCCACGAAGUUUCCAUCGAUCGCCCCAAAGAAGACGAGAAAUGAACAUUUUUGGAUAUAUCAGCAGAUUUCCGCGCAUUCUAAGUAAAAACAACAAAAAAAGAGAAGAAAACCUGAAUUGAACGCUCUUAAACACCUAGAAUCUAAGAGCAGAAAUCGCAGCUUGUCAGCGGCAGUACUACAUGUGAAACCCAGUCGCUACAAUAGCAAUUUGUACCACUCGCGCGAAAAUCAUCACAAAGUGGACAUUUUGAUCUACUCAGUAUCCCUGCAGCGCAGAAAACGGAACAGGGAUUUCGUCACAAUCAUUUUCUAAAAUUUAGCUUUUUUCAGGGAGUCUUUCACGAGUUCGAACGUUAUAUUGGCUUUGAGCCUUGAGAUUCAUUUCCCUUGACAAUAAAAUGCUAUAGAAAGUGCUUACAAAAUUACAAAGGAACUAUUUUUGGUGUUGCUUGGACCGAGAAAUACAGAUUUGAAAUAAUUAAUGCUGUCACUGAUGAACCAAAGGGCGCAAUCUUCUCAAAUUAUUAGCUUGAUAAUCUACACAGCCGGCCACCUCAGGAGAAAAUUAAAGAGACCUUUGACUUCCUCUCGUGUAAAUCACUAGGAGAUUGCGUUAUAUUCAUCUUCCUUUCAGCUUGUAAAAGAUAUCCGUGAGAAAAGUAUGGAAAAUAAUGGUGAUGAAAUCGCUGUUCUUUUUUUCCUUAAGGACAUGAAACAAUCCAGAUUACAUAUUAUAACCAAGGGGAGUUUCGUUCAAGUGACAAGUUACGAUUUGCGUGUGGAUGAUAAGUUGUUUGAAAGGUGGAAUUAUGACAUUAUGAUUUCAUUAAAUCUUUUAUUUCGAACUUUGUUAUGAUUUUUUCUUUAUCAAGACAUGGAAGGAAACAUUGAUUGAUUGACUCGAUAGCACUGCGGCGGUGAUUAAGUCUCUCCUGGUCAUAUCUUAUGCAAAUUUUCUAACAGUUUUCUGACAGUUUUCAGAUGAUUUGAAAUAUCUUAGUUCCUGUCACAAGGAAAUGAUGACUGCCCGAAUCUGCUCUUUGUAAGGAGAUUCCUAUGUCGUUCAAAUUGCUAUUGUUGCAACUGGGUUUUACAUAUGGUACUGCCGCUGAGAAGUUACGAUUUAUACUCUUAGAUUCUCAGUGUUUACGGGCGUUGAAUCAAGGUUUUCCAGAAAGCAGAAAUCUGCUGACAUAUAUGAAAAUUUUCCAUUUCCUGUCUUCUUUGGAGCGACAGAUGGAAACCUCAUGGAGAAAUACAGCGUCACUCCAUUGUGAUAACGUACAUGUUUGUGACAAAUGACCAGUGUGAGGAUACUUUCGUGUAGAUCAGCCGACUUCAACAUGUUUUAAAUGACAUACAAGUACAGUAACAGUGUAUCUUCAGAGGACUUCGGGUCGCUCAAAUUCCCAUGAAAGAAGGUGCAGCACUCAGAAUCUGGAUGAUAUGCACACGAUUUGAGGUAUAUGUUUGUACGUCGAGUAGUCCUCCAUGAAGGUUGAUCAAUUUUUCUAAAAGAUGACAACCAAAGGCGAGAUUUCUCUCUGGGAUAUUGCUCAUAAGAUAACAUUCUUUCAAAGCCUCGCACGUUUCAUUUGUCUGAAACAUUUGUUGAGAACAUUGGAUGUAAACAUCGCCAAAUUAUGCAAUAUCUCACUUUGAGUUUUUUUUUUUGCGAAUUGCCCCUAUAAAAAGUGGGGGCAGGCCCGCAGAGAUUUUUACAUAUUUAAAAACUAGAAUAUUAUAAGCAGCUAGGUGGGUAGUUUCAGUUCCAGAAUCGGUGCACUUUUGGAGAAAUUCAGAUAAAAAUUUUCCCUGUUUUACCCGACAACAAAAAUGACUGAAACUGUACCGAGAUGAAUAAUCUAUUGCCGUAUUCACAUUCACUCCCAGGGAAAAUUGAAUAAAUCAAAGUGAAGACGAAUGAUGUCACUAUAUAUGGUUGAAGUGACAAUUUGUAAUGUUGUAUUUAGCUUGGGACAGAGAAAUAAACAUUUCACUCUUUUUGAGACGUUUUUGUAUGAAAAUGAGGCCCCAGGCCUCAAAUAAGCAGUCGUUGUUAACAUGGCAACAAGAGUGCUGCGACCUUUAAAAGGGCAUUUUUGUGCAUCCCCUGAGUGCCUAGCUGCAUGCAAAAAUUUGAAGGGGGUGAAAAUUUUCAUUUCCCAAGAUGUUUGAUUCUUACAGAGACUCGUCCUUAAUACCACUUCAAUACAUAGAGUGAAUAGAAUAGAUAAAGAUCUAUUAUAAAAUAAUUCAAAUGGUACGCGCGCUCUGAUUGGCCAUAAAACCAUUUUACAUGAGCGUAUGUAAACACGGUUUUCGUUCCUCUUUCAUUAGUUAUUUUAUAAAAGAAAUGUAAAAUGGUUUCCGUGUUUACAUAGCUUGAUGUAAACACGUGGGAGGUUGGGAGAACACUCGAUAAGCUGCGCUUAUCUCGUGUUCCCCCAACCUCCCGCGUGUUUACAUCAGGCUAUGUAAACACGGAAACCAUUUUACAUUUCUUCAAUGUGGAAUAUGCUUUCUCGACAUCAGAACUGUUUCAUUCGAAAGGAUUUCUGUUUGGUUCACUCAGAGGUUCCAACCGUGAUCAAAGCAUUGAUCGCAUCAUGAUGCGGUAAUUAUUCGAGGGCGGCGUUUGAUCGAAUAAAUUCGGGGGGGGGGGGGGGGGCGGGGGCGGCGUUUGAUCGAAUAAAUGUGGUACGCAUGUAAACUAUCUGGACGGUUUGACUCAUGGCUGGUUCUGCGACUAAUUUUUGGUGGGAAAACUUCAGACUCUGGGUAUAAAGAACACAAUGAAAAAACACAGGGCUACUUCCACACAAAGCCAGUAUUUCAGUGGCCGGAAACUUUACAGGACGUAUCGUGGAAAAGAGGAAAAACAUUAUCAGGAAUAAUAGUUAAUAUUUUGGUGGGAAUCUGUCUACUGCGUUUUGUUUUCAACUUCACCACCGGUUCUUGCCUUAAAAGUGGCUAUUUCCCUUCUCUUUCUAAGAUUUUUCCUUCAGUGUUACAAUUGUCACACCACGUUGUCAGCAUCUGAUGAACUAGUCUUUAAGUGGACUUCUUGGAAAACAUUCUAAGUUGGUAAGGUUAUAUAUGUUUGUUAUUCAUUAAAUAUUUUCGCUCGCUAAUGACUGGUUCAAAUGCGUCACGCGUCUCAAUAUACCAUUGUUUAAACUGGAUAAUAACUGGUACCCCUUCAGGCGGAUAUUUCCACGGCUGAAAAUUGUGGGAAAAAUAUAUUUGGCCGAGAAGCGUAGCUUUGAGGACAAAAGGGAAAUUUGCAGCGAGCCAGAAAGGCGUUUAUUCCUAUUAUAACUCUCCUUUAAAUGUCAUAUCCCGCAUUCACUCGCAAAAAAGCCCGUGUUGAUCUGAUGGCGACAAGCUUUAUAACAUCAGUAUCACAAGACUCUACGAAACGAGUUUGUUCCUCUAUCGAUAGAAGAUGAAAAGAUAUCACUUUCACAGCUGGCUUUCGUCCACUUGCUUUGUUUCUAUACGACAGAAAUAAUCGGAGCACAUAAAUGAGGAUGAAUUGACGGCUUUUUGUGCUGACGGUAAAAAUUUUUUGGUUAAUUUACGGUUAACAGUUAACAUCUUGCCAUUUUUGUCACAAGAGAUUUUAGUUUUUUUGCGGUUAAUUUUUCCCACAACGGGUCUGCAACUAUUGGUUUAAAUUUGUCAAUUUUACGCCUAAUGCUUACAUUCUUUUCGCCGUUUCAUUGUUAGACAUUCAAAUAUCGACUACGAUUUCGUUCAAAAUACGGCACAACUCGUCAUACUACACACCAAAAUGUCAAAGAAGUUAUUUAUCAUCCAACUGCUCCUUUUUCUGUUAGGUCUUUCUCCUCAUUUCUCAUAAGGCGGGAAAAGGAAAGCGGAUAGAAAGCGUAGCGCACAGCCGACUGGUUAAAUACGCUUUUUUACAAUGCAGAAAAACCAACUGUACAAAUAACUGUAAAAUAUCGCAAGAUAUUUGUACUCUAUUCGCGUGUUAUUUGUACUCUACUUUGCGCAGUUGAAAAAAAAGACCAUCACUAUUCACCUCCACGUAAUCUAUGAAUAAUUCUUAAACAUGAAUCAGACGGAGAAUCAAAAAUAAGAAAUACUAUAAAAAACCUAUGAAAAUUAAACUGAACUAGAAAUUGGAAAGAUGGCAUCAUCUUUCUAAUUGAGCACGGUAACUAGAGAAAGAUGAUUUUCUUCUUAUCAUGAGCGUGGGAGAGCCCGUCAUUUCUCUGAAAUGCACAUUUCUUCGUGAUUGCGGCAUCAUUACUGUGAAACGAAAUAAUGUAAUACUUCUGAAGAAGCAGAAGCUCGCUUCAAUAAACUCUAAAAUAAAAGAAAAAACUAUAGCUCAGCGGAUGGUUUACUACCCUUUUUAAUGUGUGAAGACAAGAAGAGUUUAUAAUCUGUUGGUAAAGAAGAACUAAAUUCCGAAAAAAUCAGAGAAGCAACAUUUACAAAAUAUGCUAACAAAUAGGACGGGACUGAAUAAAUACAAACAAAGACAAAAAAAAACACUUCCCAAAUACUGAGAGAAAAUAGAAAACACGAUACACGAGCACAGAACGGGUUUAAACAGGACCAAAUAUUAAAACCGGUACACACUUCUAUAAGAGCGUGAAACAUGGAAUAUACAGGAUGGCCUAAUUUAUUCAGUAAAACAUCGAGUUAGACUAUUUUGCAGUAACUUGAAUAAGCGUCCACGAGCUCGACAAUAGUUCAACAUAUUUCAGAGCUUUCUCCAGAUGAAUGUAGUAUAAUGGUUCUAUUUCCCCUACGUGGACCCAGCGAUCCUGUCCAGGAGAGACCUUGACAACGCGACCAAGGAGCCAUCGUACACGAAGGGAAUUCUUUUCCACGACCGGGAUUAAAUUUUAAAUCCCUAGUUCGCCCUUCUGGCGUAUCCAUUAGCAACCUUCUUGCAGAGUUUGAAUGAGUUCGUUGAGCUAUCUUUUCCAAAAGUAACUGGCCAGAAACUAUGCUCUUCUCCAAUGCUACCUUCUGUAAAGAUCUUCAUGUUCGAACAGUCCCGCUGAUCGGUCAUUGAAGCAAAUAAGGGCCCAGAGUAAGAAAUUCGCAGUCGUUUGGAUCGUCGCUGCUUGGAACGAUGGUAGGGCUGUAAGGGUGGUAGAACCUCAGCGAACACUCUGUGCAGGAUUACUAAACUAUUUAGCGCAUUUGGGACUCGAAGAAUCGCCAUCAUCGUCUUGCUAACAUUUAAUUUAAGCAUUUCCCAAGUUAUGUUAUCUCUUCUUGAUCCCAUUCUAAAAGAGACUGGUCUAAUUUCCUUUUCUGUCUCGGUAAAAGUGGGCGAGUUGUCGCUCCGUAUUUCCUUUGGACAGCCACGGUUUGAAAUUUGAAACCGGCGCACGGCAUUCAAUUUAAAAAGGGUCAGAUUUCAAAUUGCUAAAUUACAACCUCCAUGCCAUGUGGACGGCACAUAAAGUGCGAAAAAAACGGUAAAAAAUGAAGUGAAAAGCUAAAAAGAACACCCGUAAUUUAAUAACUGGUACGAGAAGCAUGAGAAAUAUAAAGAAAAAGAAGAAAAAACAUAAAAUUCGCCUCAACAACGUCUAUUUUAUUAAAUUGGAAACGUCCCUUUUCCGUUGAGCGAGUUUUCAACUAAUUCCUUGUUGGAAAAGUCCAAAUAUUGGAUGGAAUCAACACAAUGAGAAACAGAUGCUUAGUUUUACACAAAAUGAGUCAUUGAGCCACGCAAAUAAAGAGCAAAACAAAUACAGGAAAAGAGGACGCCAGUAAGGUGGUGUUUAAACGUUGGUUUAUCCGUGCACUUCUAAUAAACCAAUCGUGGGAAAAGGCUUGAGGGAUUUUUGGCAUAAACAAACCCAUUGCCGUCUCGGUCUUAAAUUAACCUUUUGAAGCUCUAUGUGGAUAGAAGCAACCAAACCUUCAUUCUAGAAUGGCCACUGCUCCUAAGGAGUUACCUUUCCUGGCGAACUCAACUGACCGAGAUAAAGAAGAGUGUACCUACUUGGGAGGAAUGGUUUGGCGCGAGUCGUAUCUCACAGGUGACCUUUACAGAAGUUUGAUAGCUUUAAUAUGUAUUCUAUCAAUACUGCUUAUCCCAACCGUCUCUUUAAACGGGUUAGUCAUCUUGGCGGUGGCCACAAAGAGACAACUGCGAACCAACUCAAACAAACUCUUAGCUUGUUUGGCGAGGACAGAUUUGCUGGCCGGAUUGGUUGUUAUACCCAUUGCCAUAGCGGUCAACGUGAAGCGAGCCUUUGAGAUCGGUCCAUUUUGUGAGUUAGAAAAGGCUCACGUUGUAGUUUUCUGGGUACAAAGCAUUGCCACGCUGACUUUUCUCUUUUUGAUAAGCGGGGACCGAUAUAUUGCUGUAAAGUUCUCCUUAAGGUACCGAGAGAUUGUCACAGGACGGAGGAUCAAAAAGGCUGUGGUUGUUGCGUGGGUCAUCACAGUUUUUGGAACGAUUCAGGAAAUUGUGAUUGCCACCAGAGAAAGUACAACGAACAUAUAUGCGUUAUAUUGGACGGUGAAUAUCGUUGUGACUGCUUUAUUCGUGUUACUUUGUAUCAUUGGCAUAACGUUCAUGUAUCUGUCCAUCUUCCUUGAAACACAGCGACAGAAAAAACGCCUACAGGCAGGACAGCUGUCACCUCAAGAAGCUAAAGAGUUGAAGAAAGAUAUAAAUAACAAGGCAACCGUUACACUAUCCUUAAUUCUAGGAACUUUAGUACUGACCUACUUGCCUUUGAUAACUGUCGCCUCAAUUCAGGCUUUCACAAAUUUUUUUGAGUCGGGUACGAAAAUGGCGUUGAUAAGCUGGACUGAUUGUGCUGCGGUCUUCAACUCACUUUUUAACCCCAUAAUUUACUGUUGGCGUAAUCAAAAUCUAAGAAAGGCUCUUCUUGAAGUCAUUCACCGAGAAAAACGAGAAAAUACCCCUUCAGUAUCAAAAAUUCAGCCCUCUAUUUCUAAGACCUUUAAAGAAUCAGCGCCAAACCAGGAAGCAGUUUUGUUGUCAUGCAGCCAUUUUAAAGCUGAAGAAAUCGUUCGCAUAGGGGAAACAGAUGAUCAUGUCUUGUAAAUAACGUGAUAUCAAUAACUGUCGGUCCAGGCCAUAGACAGUUUUGUCUAUACCAUUUCCAGUGAUAGGAUUAAUCUAGACACAAGCAAAACAAACUGAUGUGGCAGAGCAUGGGACAAUAAGUUUUCUUGCUAGCUUUCUCGUGGCGGCUAGAACAGAAUUUCAAAAUUUUUAAGAGGACAUAUUUACUUGGAUCUCAUUAAUGGUUAGUGGGCUGGACUCCGGAUCGGGAGAUCUGGUUUUAAAACCUGGCCAGGUACUUACGUUAUGUUCUUGGGCAAUAAGCUUUUCUUUUACAGUUCCUCUCUCAAUCCUGGGGUAUAAUAAAUGGGGUACCAGAAAAUUUUCAGGGAAACCUGAUGAAAAGGCGCUAUUUACAUACCGUAUUUAUUGAAUUUUUCGUGAUUCGAGUCGACGUUUGUUCGAGGGCAGCGUUUAUUCGAAGGCGGCGCUCAUUUAAAAUCUAAUUUAUUUCUUGCAAACAAUACUAUGGUAACUGAUUAUUUUAAUUUUCAAAAGCAGAAACAUGUUUUAGUGCUUGUCGAAUCACGAUCCGGUGUUUAUUUGAGGGCGGCGUUUGAUCGAAUAAAUCUGGUACGCAUGUAAACUUUCUGGACGGUUUGACUCAUGACUGAUUCUGCGACUAAUUUUUGGUGGGAAAACUUCUAACUCUGGGUAUAAAGAGCACAAUGAAAAAACACAGGGCUACUUCUACACAAAGCCAGUAUUUCAGUGGCCGGAAACUUUACAGGGCGUAUCUUAAAACAAUGUAAAAAGCUUUUCGAUAAUACGAGUUCAUUUUUUGGUUGGAAUUUAUCCAUUCCGUUUUGUUUUAAACAUCACAACCAGUUCUUGUCUUAAAAGCAACCAUCUUCCUUCUCUUUCUAUAAGAUGUUUCCUUCAGUGUUACAACGUUAACUCCACGCAGUCAGCAUCUGAUGAACUAGCCUUAAAGCGGACUUCUUGGAAAACAUAGGAUUAUAUAUGUUUGUUAUUCAUCAAAUAUUUUCGCUCGCUGGUGACUGUUUUAAAUGUGUUGCGCGUCUCAAUAUACCAUAGCUUGAGCUAGAUAAUAUUUACGCGUGCACAAAGGGUUUGAAGGAUUUUUGGCGUAAACAAACCCAUUGCCGUCUCUGAAUGAAAUUUACUUUUAAGCUCUAUGUGGAUAGAAGCAACCAAACCUUCAUUCUAAAAUGGCCACUGCUCCUAAGGAGUUACUUCUAGGAACUUUAGUGCUGACCUACUUGCCUGCGAUAAUCAUUGCCUCAAUUCAGGCUUUCACAAAUUUUUUCGAGUCGGGUAUGAAAAUGGUGUUGAUAAGUUUGACUGUUUGUGCUGCGGUCUUAAAUUCGCUUUCUAACCCCGUAAUUUACUUUUGGCGUAAUCAAAAUCCAAGAAAGGUUCUUCUUGAAAUCAUUCACCGAGCAAAACAAGAAAAUACCUCUCCAGUAUCAAAAAUCCAGCCCUUUAUUUCUAAGACCUUUAAAGAAUCAGCGACAAAUCAGGAAACAGUUUUGUUGUUAUUCAGCCUCUUAAGUGCCGCUCCCGCUAAGAGCGGUCCUCUCGACUUCCCGUCGGAAAAAAGUUUUCUUUUAUUUUUUGCCCAUAAAAGGGUUUAGGGCACAUGUUUCAAAAAUAGUUUAGUUGUUCUCCAAUUCUCUUUUUUUGCGUCGCCACAAGCCAAAAAUCAUUUUUGGCCAGACCACCCCUGUGAACAGCGAUCGAAAAUGUCAAUUUCAAAGAUUUUGUCCAGCGCGCAGCGACUGAAACAAUGUAGCUCACGGAAUUCUAUCUUGCUACAAGUUACAAGAUGUAUUCAGUUAGUUCACAGACAAAAUAUGGAAACUUCAGCUGAAAAAUUUUUCAUACCAGCGUGAUCAGAGGAGACCCUGCUCUUCGACCUUAAUUUGCAUAUCAAAAAUUCACUACUUUGUACGAAAGAAUUCUCAAAAUUCAGGCGUUAAUCGGGCCGAAAAAGCAUAUCAGUGCAUAGUUUAUACACCAAUGAGGUCACGAAUUGCCUUAAACCCGUGGGUAUAUCUCUAACUUCCAUCCACCAACUUCUUAAAAACAACGCAAAUCCAUGUGUUUGCUCAAUUGCGCUCGUGUCAAAGAUCAUUCGCAUGAUUCUUGGAAUUGACCAAGAUCUCCUUUUGACAGUUCAAACUUCGUUCGUUUAUCUUCUACGUUAAGGAUUUGAGGUUUUCACAGCAACUGAAUGGAGAUUAGAUGCCGAGUUGUCCUAAAACGUUGCGUAAACGUGAUCGGUCGUAACGCUUGCGCGCUUGCGUGACUUACAAAGUAGACAAAGGUGAUCGGAAGGCGCCUUCUCGAUAAUUUACGUUGAAAUAUCAGGUCAUGAACUAUGCACAGUGUGGAGAAGAUCAAAAUUAAAGAAUAAAAUUUGGCACUCUGGUCAUAACAGACAUAUCGCGUUGCUUAAAAGGACACAAAAACAAGUUAAAAUAGGUUGCAGUGUUUAUAUUUACAAAACAACACGCAUACACUCUGAAAUAAUUCUUGCAGUUUCUCCCGAGAUUUAGUAUACGGAACCCGAUGAACUAACCCUCCUUUCCGCAGAUUUGUUUCCAUCACUAAUGAUGUUACGCUCUUAUGGACCACAACGGUUUUGAGCGACAAACUCGACAUUUCCCUGCGACCAUCAAAAUCAACUGGACAAACCCAGCUUGAUAUAUUGCGUGACGUGAUUGUGCAAAUUUUUCCCCUUGCCAUAUGGCCUGUUUCGCGGGUUCUACAAAUUGAAACCAAAAUUAGUUAGUGUAACAAAUUCGAAUCGAAAGUUAUUAAAAUGUACUGAAGAAUUUUACAUUUUAAUGAGAAUUUUAUCGUUUAAAUGUGUACUUGAUUCACGGAAAGCAAAGAUUUUGCAAUAUAUAUUAAAGAUUGGCCCUUCUACCAUAUAUAGUGACAUCAUUCGUCUUCACUUUGAUUCAUUCAAUUUUCCCCGGGAGUGAAUGUGAACACACCAAUAGAUUACUCAUCUCGGUACAGUUUCAGUCAUUUUUGUUAUCGAGUAAAACAGGGAAAACGUUUAUCCGAAUUUCUCCAAAUCGUAUUCAUAUCAUCCAGAUUCCGAGUGCUGCACCUUCUUUCAUGGGAAUUUGAGCGAUCUGAAGUCCUCUGAAGAUAUACUGUUAUACUUGUAUGUCAUUUGGAACAUGUUGAAGUCGGCUGAUCUACACGAAACUAUCCUCACACCGGUUAUUUGAAAAACAUAAGCAUGUACGUUGUCACGAUGGCGUGACGCUGUAUUUCUCCACGAAGUUUCCAUCGAUCGCCCCAAAGAAGACGAGAAAUGAACAUUUUUGGAUAUAUCAGCAGAUUUCCGCGCAUUCUAAGUAAAAACAACAAAAAAAGAGAAGAAAACCUGAAUUGAAUGCUCUUAAACACCUAGAAUCUAAGAGCAGAAAUCGCAGCUUGUCAGCGGCAGUACUACAUGUGAAACCCAGUCGCUACAAUAGCAAUUUGUACCACUCGCGCGAAAAUCAUCACAAAGUGGACAUUUUGAUCUACUCGGUAUCCCUGCAGCGCAGAAAACGGAACAGGGAUUUCGUCACAAUCAUUUUCUAAAAUUUAGCUUUUUUCAGGGAGUCUUUCACGAGCUCGAACGUUAUAUUGGCUUUGAGCCUUGAGAUUCAUUUCCCUUGACAAUAAAAUGCUAUAGAAAGUGCUUACAAAAUUACAAAGGAACUAUUUUUGGUGUUGCUUGGACCGAGAAAUACAGAUUUGAAAUAAUUAAUGCUGUCACUGAUGAACCAAAGGGCACAAUCUUCUCAAAUUAUUAGCUUGAUAAUCUACACAGCCGGCCACCUCAGGAGAAAAUUAAAGAGACCUUUGACUUCCUCUCGUGUAAAUCACUAGGAGAUUGCGUUAUAUUCAUCUUCCUUUCAGCUUGUAAAAGAUAUCCGGGAGAAAAGUAUGGAAAAUAAUGGUGAUGAAAUCGCUGUUCUUUUUCCUUAAGGACAUGAAGCAAUCCAGAUUACAUAUUAUAACCAAGGGGAGUUUCGUUCAAGUGACAAGUUACGAUUUGCGUGUGGAUGAUAAGUUGUUUGAAAGGUGGAAUUAUGACAUUAUGAUUUCAUUAAAUCUUUUAUUUCGAACUUUGUUAUGAUUUUUUCUUUAUCAAGACAUGGAAGGAAACAUUGAUUGAUUGACUCGAUAGCACUGCGGCGGUGAUUAAGUCUCUCCUGGUCAUAUCUUAUGCAAAUUUUCUAACAGUUUUCUGACAGUUUUCAGAUGAUUUGAAAUAUCUUAGUUCCUGUCACAAGGAAAUGAUGACUGCCCGAAUCUGCUCUUUGUAAGGAGAUUCCUAUGUCGUUCAAAUUGCUAUUGUUGCAACUGGGUUUUACAUAUGGUACUGCCGCUGAGAAGUUACGAUUUAUACUCUUAGAUUCUCAGUGUUUACGGGCGUUGAAUCAAGGUUUUCCAGAAAGCAGAAAUCUGCUGACAUAUAUGAAAAUUUUCCAUUUCCUGUCUUCUUUGGAGCGACAGAUGGAAACCUCAUGGAGAAAUACAGCGUCACUCCAUCGUGAUAACGUACAUGUUUGUGACAAAUGACCGGUGUGAGGAUACUUUCGUGUAGAUCAGCCGACUUCAACAUGUUUUAAAUGACAUACAAGUACAGUAACAGUGUAUCUUCAGAGGACUUCGGGUCGCUCAAAUUCCCAUGAAAGAAGGUGCAGCACUCAGAAUCUGGAUGAUAUGCACACGAUUUGAGGUAUAUGUUUGUACGUCGAGUAGUCCUCCAUGAAGGUUGAUCAAUUUUUCUAAAAGAUGACAACCAAAGGCGAGAUUUCUCUCUGGGAUAUUGCUCAUAAGAUAACAUUCUUUCAAAGCCUCGCACGUUUCAUUUGUCUGAAACAUUUGUUGAGAACAUUGGAUGUAAACAUCGCCAAAUUAUGCAAUAUCUCACUUUGAGUUUUUUUUUUUGCGAAUUGCCCCUAUAAAAAGUGGGGGCAGGCCCGCAGAGAUUUUUACAUAUUUAAAAACUAGAAUAUUAUAAGCAGCUAGGUGGGUAGUUUCAGUUCCAGAAUCGGUGCACUUUUGGAGAAAUUCGGAUAAAAAUUUUCCCUGUUUUACCCGACAACAAAAAUGACUGAAACUGUACCGAGAUGAAUAAUCUAUUGCCGUGUUCACAUUCACUCCCAGGGAAAAUUGAAUAAAUCAAAGUGAAGACGAAUGAUGUCACUAUAUAUGGUUGAAGUGACAAUUUGUAAUGUUGUAUUUAGCUUGGGACAGAGAAAUAAACAUUUCACUCUUUUUUGAGACGUUUUUGUAUGAAAAUGAGGCCCCAGGCCUCGAAUAAGCAGUCGUUGUUAACAUGGCAACAAGAGUGCUGCGACCUUUAAAAAGGGCAUUUUUGUGCAUCCCCCCUGAGUGCCUAGCUGCAUGCAAAAAUUUGAAGGGGGGGGUGAAAAUUUUCAUUUCCCAAGAUGUUUGAUUCUUACAUAGACUCGUCCUUAAUACCACUUCAAUACAUAGAGUGAAUAGAAUAGAUAAAGAUCUAUUAUAAAAUAAUUCAAAUGGUACGCGCGCUCUGAUUGGCCAUAAAACCAUUUUACAUGAGCGUAUGUAAACACGGUUUUCGUUCCUCUUUCAUUAGUUAUUUUAUAAAAGAAAUGUAAAAUGGUUUCCGUGUUUACAUAGCUUGAUGUAAACACUUGGGAGGUUGGGAGAACACUCGAUAAGCUGCGCUUAUCUCGUGUUCCCCCAACCUCCCGCGUGUUUACAUCAGGCUAUGUAAACACGGAAACCAUUUUACAUUUCUUCAAUGUGGAAUAUGCUUUCUCGACAUCAGAACUGUUUCAUUCGAAAGGAUUUCUGUUUGGUUCACUCAGAGGUUCCAACCGUGAUCAAAGCAUUGAUCGCAUCAUGAUGCGGUAAUUAUUCGAGGGCGGCGUUUGAUCGAAUAAAUUCGGGGGCGGGGGCGGCGUUUGAUCGAAUAAAUGUGGUACGCAUGUAAACUAUCUGGACGGUUUGACUCAUGGCUGGUUCUGCGACUAAUUUUUGGUGGGAAAACUUCAGACUCUGGGUGUAAAGAACACAAUGAAAAAACACAGGGCUACUUCCACACAAAGCCAGUAUUUCAGUGGCCGGAAACUUUACAGGACGUAUCGUGGAAAAGAGGAAAAACAUUAUCAGGAAUAAUAGUUAAUAUUUUAGUGGGAAUCUGUCUACUCCGUUUUGUUUUCAACUUCACCACCGGUUCUUGCCUUAAAAGUGGCUAUUUCCCUUCUCUUUCUAAGAUUUUUCCUUCAGUGUUACAAUUGUCACACCACGUUGUCAGCAUCUGAUGAACUAGUCUUUAAGUGGACUUCUUGGAAAACAUUCUAAGUUGGUAAGGUUAUAUAUGUUUGUUAUUCAUUAAAUAUUUUCGCUCGCUAAUGACUGGUUCAAAUGCGUCACGCGUCUCAAUAUACCAUUGUUUAAACUGGAUAAUAACUGGUACCCCUUCAGGCGGAUAUUUCCACGGCUGAAAAUUGUGGGAAAAAUAUAUUUGGCCGAGAAGCGUAGCUUUGAGGACAAAAGGGAAAUUUGCAGCGAGCCAGAAAGGCGUUUAUUCAUAUUAUAACUCUCCUUUAAAUGUCAUAUCCCGCAUUCACUCGCAAAAAAGCCCGUGUUGAUCUGAUGGCGACAAGCUUUCUAACAUCAGUAUCACAAGACUCUACGAAACGAGUUUGUUCCUCUAUCGAUAAAAGAUGAAAAGAUAUCACUUUCACAGCUGGCUUUCGUCCACUUGCUUUGUUUCUAUACGACAGAAAUAAUCGGAGCACAUAAAUGAGGAUGAAUUGACGGCUUUUUGUGCUGACGGUAAAAAUUUUUUGGUUAAUUUACGGUUAACAGUUAACAUCUUGCCAUUGUUGUCACAAGAGAUUUUAUUUUUUUUUGCGGUUAAUUUUUCCUACAACGGGUCUGCAACUAUUGGUUUAAAUUUGUCAAUUUUACGCCUAAUGCUUAGAUUCUUUUCGCCGUUUCAUUGUUAGACAUUCAAAUAUCGACUACGAUUUCGUUCAAAAUACGGCACAACUCGUCAUACUACACAUCAAAAUGUCAAAAAAGUUAUUUAUCAUCCAACUACUCCUUUUUCUGUUAGAUCUUUCUCCUCAUUUCUCAUAAGGCGGGAAAAGGAAAGCGGAUAGAAAGCGUAGCGCACAGCCGACUGGUUAAAUACGCUUUUUUACAAUGCAGAAAAACCAACUGUACAAAUAACUGUAAAAUAUCGCAAGAUAUUUGUACUCUAUUCGCGUGUUAUUUGUACUCUACUUUGUGCAGUUGAAAAAAAUGACCAUCACUAUUCACCUCCACGUAAUCUAUGAAUAAUUCUUAAACAUGAAUCAGACGGAGAAUCAAAAGUAAGAAUUACUAUAAAAAAAAAAGCUAUGAAAAUUAAAUUGAACUAGAAAUUGGAAAAUGGCAACAUCUUUCUAAUUGAGCAACGUAACUGGAGAAAGAUGAUUUUCUUCUUAUCAUGAGCGUGGGAGAUCCCGUCAUUUCUCUGAAAUGCACAUUUUUUGGUGAUGGCGGCAUCAUUACUGUUAAAACGAAAUAAUGUAAUACUUCUAAAGAGGCAAAAGCCCGCUUUAAUAAAAACUCUAAAAUAAAAUGAAAAAACUGUAGCUCAGUGGAUGGUUUACUAUCCUUUUCAAUGUGUGAAGACAAGAAGAGUUUCUAAUCUGUUGGUGAAGAAGAAUUAAAUUUAAAAAAAUCAGAGAAGCAACAUUUACAAAAUAUACUAAAAAAAUAGGACGGGACUGAAUAAAUACAGACAAAGACAGAAAAACGACACUUCCCAAACACUGAGAGAAAAUAGCAAACACGAUACACUCGCACAGAACGGGUUUAAACAGGAGCAAAUAUUAAAACCGGUACACACUUCUAUAAGAGCGUGAAACAUGGAAUAUACAGGAUGGCCUAAUUUAUUCAGUAAAACAUCGAGUUAGACUAUUUUGUAGUAACUUGAAUAAGCGUCCAAGAGCUCGACAACAGUUCAACAUAGUUAGUUCUUAGCUUUCUCCAGAUAAAUGUGGACCCAGCGAUCCUGUCCAGGAGAGACCUUAACAACGCGACUGAGCCAUCCUCCACGAAGGGAAUUCUUGUCCACGACCGGGACCAAAUUUAAAUCCUUAGUUCGCCCUUCUGGCGUAUACAUUAGCAAUCUUCUUUCAGAGUUUAAAUGAGUUCGUUGAGCUAUCUUUUCCAAAAGCAAUUGGCCAGAAACUAUGCUCUUCUCCAAUGCUACCUUCUGUAAAGACCUUCGUGUUCGAACAGUCCUGAUGAUCGGUAGUUGAAGCAAGUAAGGGUUCAGAGUAAGAAAUUCGCAGUCAUUUGGAUCGUCGCUGCUUGGAGUGAUGGUAGGGCUGCAACGGUGGUCAGAACCUCAGCGAACACUCUGCGCAGGAUUUUUAAACUAGUUAGCGCAUUUGGGACUCGAAGAAUCGCCUUCAUCGUUUUGCUUACAUUUCGAAUAAGCAUCUCCCAAAUUAUGUUAACUCGUCAUGAUCCCAUUCUAAAAGAGACUGGUCUAAUUUCCUUUUCUGUCUCGGUAAAAGUGGGCGAGUUGUCGCUCCGUAUUUCCUUUGGACAGCCACGCUUUGAAAUCUGAAACCGGCGCACGGCAUUCAAUUAAAAAAGGGUCAGAUUUCAAAUUGCUAAAUUACAACCUCCAUGCCAUGUGGACGGCACAUAAAGUGCGAAAAAAACGGUAAAAAAUGAAGUGAAAAGCUAAAAGAACACCCGUAAUUUAAUAACUGGUACGAGAAGCAUGAGAAAUAUAAAGAAAAAGAAGAAAAAACAUAAAAUUCGCCACAACAACGUCUAUUUUAUUAAAUUGGAAACGUCCCUUUUCUGUUGAGCGAGUUUUCAACUAAUUCCUUGUUGGAAAAGUCCAAAUAUUGGAUGGAAUCAACACAAUGAGAAACAGAUGCUUAGUUUUACACAAAAUGAGUCAUUGAGCCACGCAAAUAAAGACCAAGACAAAUACAGCAAAAGAGGACGCCAGUAAGGUGGUGUUUAAACGUUCGUUUAUCCGUGCACUUCUAAUAAACCAAUCGUGGGAAAAGGCUUGAGGGAUUUUUGGCAUAAACAAACCCAUUGCCGUCUCGGUCUUAAAUUAACCUUUUGAAGCUCUAUGUGGAUAGAAGCAACCAAACCUUCAUUCUAGAAUGGCCACUGCUCCUAAGGAGUUACCUUUCCUGGCGAACUCAACUGACCGAGAUAGAGAAGAGUGUACCUACUUGGGAGGAAUGGUUUGGCGCGAGUCGUAUCUCACAGGUGACAUUUACAGAAGUUUGAUAGCUUUAAUAUGUAUUCUAUCAAUACUGCUUAUCCCAACCGUCUCUUUAAACGGGUUAGUCAUCUUGGCGGUGGCCACAAAGAGACAACUGCGAACCAACUCAAACAAACUCUUAGCUUGUUUGGCGGGGACAGAUUUGCUGGCCGGAUUGGUUGUUAUACCCAUUGCCAUAGCGGUCAACGUGAAGCGA